AAAAUUUUGAGUUUGAUUAUGCUGCUGGCGUCAAAUGGGCUCUGAGGACCUUAGGUGAUAGAUGGAUGGCCCAUAAGUAUAAUUUACGGGGAGAAUACUUCUUUCCUAACAAAAGAAAGGCAAAAAUUCUGGCUACGAAUCCCUCAGACAUACCGCCUGUUGAAUGGACUGCUUUUGUGGAUCAUUAUAUGGAUCCUAAAACAAAGAAACAAUGUUUGCAAAAUGCCAGAAAUCGUGAGAGGCUUAUAGUUUCACACGCCGGUGGAAGUAAAAGCAAUGCUAGAAGAGCAACUCAGAUGGAAAAAAAAUUGGGAAGGCCUGUAUGUCGAAGCGAGGUUAUUGUAUCAACUUUGCUAAAGAAAGAUGGGAGUUAUGUAAGCGGGGAAGGACAACGAUUAGCUGAAAAGAUAGCAGAGCAUUUGUCUGAAGACCAAGAGCGUGCUGCCGCUGAAGGUAUUCAUUCAAAGGUCUUGGCUCAUCCGGAUGAUGCAAUUGGAAAAGUUUGCGGUCCUGAGAAUGGUAAGCGUGUACGUGGCUUUAGUAAUGCUGCAUAUCCCAGUGGUUUUGGCAAGUCAAAGCGCAUCUUUGGAGGGGCAAUAUGCGGAGGUUCUAGCAGUGUAUCGCAACAGCAUGUUGCAGAAUUAGAAAAGCAACUUCAAGAAGCUAAAGGUCAAGUGGCAACUCUUUACAGAUUUCUACAACAGAAAUACAGUGAUGAAGUACCUACCUUAUCUGAUUCUGUGCCACACAUUGAGUCGGAAUGA